AAUUAACACAAUCCAUGGGAUCUUGCUCCUCAAAAAAAGUAUAAACACAUCAUACUCUGCCUCUCAACUCUUAGACAACAUGUGCUUACGCUCAUUCUCGAAUGACUUGGGCAGAUAAAUGCAUACAGCAACCAAAAGAGCGAAUAAUUCAACCCUACGACCCUAACAGUUCAAAUACUAAUUAUAUCAUUAGGUCUCCAACAUUAGUAUAAUGUAGAAGUAGAAGGAGUAAUUUUUGACAUCAUAGCACCUCCUGACCUUUUGGAUGAUGAUAACUUAGAGCCUAUUGAAGAAGAAGAAUGAGCUUGAAUUUUUGAUACCCAC